CAUGUGCAUGUGCGUGUGCGUGUGCAUGUGCAUGUGUAUGUGCGUGUGCUUCUUGACGGAUGUGCAUGAAUGUGGCUUUGCAUGUAUCUACGUCCAUGCGAAGGUAUGUGAACGUGUGUGUGUGUCUUCCCUUGUGCUGAGCUGGAUCAGGUGGAGGCCACGUCAGCGGCAUCAGGGUUGGUACUGGCGAAGGUGGAUCCAGUGAAGCAGCAGGUGGAGGCCGCCAGGGACUCGCUCCAGGUAUGCGCACAUGGGAACUCUUGCUGUGCGGAGUCUAUUUUCGAGGCAUCUCACAUGGGAACUCUUGCUGUGCGGGUGAGCUGCAGGCACUGCAGCAAGCAAGACGUGCACUCACGCGCACUCACAAGGUGGUUUCAGUGAAGCAGAAGGUGGAGGCAGCUAGAGGCACGCUCCAGGUGCAGCAGGUUUGGUGCAGCUGAGUGCGUGGGUGCAGCGUCGGCUGUCGGGCAUCGGCUGUCGGUUGUCGGCUGUAGGGCGUCGGCUGUCGGGCAUUGGCUGUCGUGAGUCGGCUGUCGGUUGACCGGCGUCGGUUGUUGGGCGUCGGCUGUUGGGCGUCGGCUGUUGGGCGUCGGCUUUCGGGCAUCGGCUGUCAGCUGUCGGGCGUUGGCUGUCGGUCGUCGGCUGUUGGGCGUCGGCUGUCGGGCGUCGGCUGUCGGUUGUCGGUUUCGGCUGUCGGCCGUCGGCUGACGGGCGUCGGCUGUCCGAUGUCGGCUGUCGGGCGUCGGCUGCCGGUCGUCGGCUGUCGGUUGUCGGCUGUCCGGCGUCGGCUGUCCGGCAUCGGCCGUCGGUCGUCGGCCGUCGGGCGUCGGCUGUUGGGCUGUCUGGCGCCAGCUGUCCUGUGUCGGCUGUCGGGCAUGGGCCGUCGGGCGUCGGCUGUCGGCCGUCUGCUGUCGGCUGUCGGGCGUCGGGCGUCGCCUGUCGGGCGUCGGCUGUCGGGUGUCGGUCGUCGGGCGUCGGCUGUCGGCUGUCGGUCGUUGGCCGUCGGGCGUCGGCUGUCGGGCGUGGACAUCCUCAUCAUUCCCCACGCCUCAUCACUCAUCUCCUUAUAGUCCUGCACUGUACUCCCUCCCAUGUGCUGGUUACUUCACGUUUGUUAUCAUGCUCUGUGCUGUGCACUAACCUUACUGUAUCCCUUCUCGUCCUAUCAUCAUCGUCAUCUCCCCUCACACUUCCCCCUCUCCUGUCUCACUUCCCAUUCUCUCCUCACCUUCCCUUCUCCCCUCAAACUUUUCCCUGUCGCUUCUCAUGUUCCCUCUCCCCUCACACGGUACGUAGCCCUCUCCUUCACACCUCCCCCUCUCCCUAUUCACCUCCCCCCUCUGUCUACACACCCCCCCCGCUCCGCUCUCGCUCACCUUGCUGCUCCUAUUUGCCUCCCAUGUCCUUUGACCCAGUCUCGUUCAGCCACCGUCUGCUCUCUCUCCCCCCCUCAUCCUUACCGUCCGUUAUCAACACAAUGGUUCCUUCUGCCUGACAACCAGGCAGAGAGCUUGCUGAAGGAAAAAUGGCUUUAGUAUGUUCUAUAAUUUAGUCCAAUUGCUCGUAUUUAUGCACUGCAAAUAUCAGUGUGUACUUUAUCGGAUGUAGUUGCCACAAUCAAUGUGGUUGCCCUUU